CGUCGUUGCAGGAAUUAUUACCGUAAUCCGGAGUUCGUGAGUCCGAGUAAAUUAAGUCGUUGAACUUUUGUCGCUAUUCCUGUUACAAGAUUAGCAUGUUUCGCAACUGAACUAAUUUUUCACCGCUAUAAGAAGUGAAGCAUGGGGCCUUUUCGGGACGAGUUUCCGCGGAUCCAGUUGUCGCAAGGCGGCGGGUAUAAUUCUCUUCGCUUCUACUCCUUGGAGAAAAUUGAGAAUCCGUUUUUAGUGUUCAUUGUUGGCCUCGUUGGACUCGGUGUGAAUCUGAUUGGGCUUGUGCUUUUCGCCGGACAUGGGCACCAUCAUCAUGGUCAUUCUCAUGCCCAUAGUCAUCGCACUAAAGACUCUAUACCGACUCCAGAACUAGUGGAAGGUCUUCCUAUGCGCGGUGCUAAUGCUUAUGUUCUGAAGGAUGGUACUGAGGUUCUCGCGGAUUUGUCAGAAGAUCAGUGUGAGCAGGAAUAUUGCGAAGAAGAAAUGCGGAGCAAGAACGGCAGCUACCACGCACAGAAGGCGGCUGUUCAAAAGGCGACCCCGGAGAAUCCCGUAAUUGUGUCCGUCAACGGAAUGGGACCAGCGUCCAAAGCAAAGGAGAAGGAUCGUCAUAAAAAAGCUAGCAACAUGAACAUGCAAGGAGUUUUCUUGCACAUUCUCGGUGAUGCCUUGGGCUCAGUGAUCGUAGUCAUUUCAGCUGCAGUUGUGCAGUGGACCAGUUGGCAGUACAAACACUACCUUGACCCAGUUCUCUCUAUUGUCAUGUCGCUGAUUAUCAUCCGAUCUACGUGGCCUUUGUUGAUUGAAAGUGCCAUGGUGUUGCUGCAAACCGUGCCGACGCAUAUUGACGUGCAGGAGAUUGAGAAGAAGUUGUUGGCCAUUGAAGGGGUGCAGGGUGUGCACGAGUUCCACGUGUGGCGUUUGACUGGCGACAGGAUCAUAGCCUCGGCGCAUAUCACAUUCCACAGCAUGGCUGAUUACAUGCGAAUUGCUGGUCGUGUGAAACGAGUCUUUCACGACGAAGGCAUUCAUUCCACUACGAUACAACCUGAAGCUCUGGACAUCCAGAACAAUGGGAACACAUUAGUCCAGAAUGCGGACAAGUUGUGCACCGUCAAUUGUCCUUCCGAGAACGAUUGUGCAACGAAUACCUGCUGUCCUCCUCCGAAAAUUGCUGAUGAUCGAUGA